GGAAAAAUUCAGGCUGGACAAAUACAUCUACAACUACUUGGUUAAAAAGGGGCGGCCUAUGACUGCUGAGAUAUUCGCCGCCGAAGCUAAUGUUGUAAAUCCCGAUAUUGUUGCUAUUGAAUCUCCAGAGGGAUUUCUAAAAGAGUGGUGGGUUGUGUUCUAUGAGAAGUUUUGCUCUAAUCUGGCCAAGUGUGCCCUAGAGCCAUAUUCUGAGGCUGCACGAACUGUUGACAAUGUGGAGUAUCAUAUCCGAUCUGCUACGCCAGGAUCUUCUCCUCAUUUUGCUAGACUAGCAGACGAUAUAUCUCCUCUGGUGCCAGCCUUCCACCUGAGGACACCUGAGGCUGAAGCACUGUUUGAUUUAAUGUUUCUUGAGAUGGAUCGUCCAAGUCCAAGUCAAAGUCAGAGGGUGCCAUAUGUUACUGAAUCUAGCCGCCCAAUGGAGCAGAUUCCAAAUAAUACCUCAACAGUGGGAGGCCAGAGAUGAGGGAGAGGGGAAGUAAAAGAGGAAGAGGAUCCCUGAGUUGACGAAGGGGAAAAGAAUGUUAAAUGUGCUAGCAGACUAUAAAGCUGCUUUAUCAAAUUAUUAUACCAGUGCCAUCCUGUGAAAAAAUCUAUACAAUGUGGGAUUGCAUCCUAGAAAUCCACCAAAUCUAUACCACUUUUCAGGUAAAUUCCUUUGCACCGCAAGAAGAAAAUGAGAGUGUGGUAUGAUCUCUAUUAAUAGAAUGCCAAUUACUUCUCUCCUACAAGUAAGUGAAGAACUGUGGUUAUUAGGAGCUGAAAUUGAUUAUGAAGCUGAUGCUUAGAAUAUGCACUUUUUUUCCAUUGGCUUGCUCAUUGAGUUGCGAGUUACCUACCAUCUCUGUAUUUUACUUCCAUUGAAGAUUCCUUUAAGCAUUUAGUAUAAAGUGGUAAACCAAGCCAACGUAUAUGGAAAGAAGCAGGAACAACCUUUAUGACUUGGAUCUUACCAAAUAUUCGGUCAGGUGAGUUUCUUUACUUUUGCAUAUAUGGCUGUUCAGAAGAGCCAGAUGUUCAGUAGAUUCAUGCUACUUUGUUUAGUUAAAUACUGCAGGUGGAAUUUAUGUGUUCUUUAAGGUUUCUUAUUUAUUUCUUGUUGUACUUCCUAUUGAUUUUUCACAUCAACAAAAAAAUUUAACAUCACGUGCAUGUUUAGUUCAACUUUUCGAUAGUUUGUUUCUGCUGUCAUUAACUGUCAUUUUUUUUAGCCAUAAUUUAGUACUUCCAAGUAAAUAGAACAACUGUCAAAAACUGAAUCCUAUUCUCACGGGAAAACUCAAUCAAGUGGUGGAUUGGAUAAGCUAAUAUUUUCUGUCUAUCCAAGUUUGGUGAUUUUAACAAGGGAAAAGGGGUAAAUAUACCUCUCAACUUGUGAUUUAGAGCGGAUAUACUACUUGUUAAAAAAAGUGGUAUCUAGGUGUCAGUGUUAGGACAAAAUGGUGGUAUCACGAUGUAGAUAUUAGAUUCUAUAAAAUUAGGACCAAACUAUUGAAUCACAUGAGAGAUAUUUGAUCUUGUAAAACUAAGAUCAAAAGAUGCCAUUUAAGAAGGGAUAUAAGUUAGCACAUUCUAUAUAAGACUCUGCAGCCUUCGAAUUUCGAAACUCACUCAAUCAAGUUAUACGUUUCAGCUGCUAUGAAUAUAUAUAUAUAUAUAUAUAUAUAUAUAUUUUGUGAUUCCCCCUUUCUUUGGACUGUUACUUUGAGCCAAAGGUCUUUCGGAAACAACCUCUCUAUCUCCAUGAGGUAGUGGUAAGGUCUGUGUACACUCUACCCUCCCCAGACCCCCCUUGUAUGAUUUCACUGGGUAUGUUGUUGUUGUUCUACUCAAUCAAGUUAUAAUUGCUUUAACUAAGGUGAUAUUUAAUUGAGAAAAGUUAGGCGAAACCUCAACAUAGGAUUCUUGGGCCUGCUCAGAGGUGAAUAUAUCAUAGAACCCAUCCCACCACUCUGCUAGAGAUCCCCUGGAGAAUUGAUUGUUAAAACAAAUUCCAAAAGUAACUUAGAUUUUAUGGGCAUUCUUGGGAUUUUUUUUAGCUAUCAGUUCUUGAGAGGGAUUUUUGACAAAUUGGGGGAUGUGGUCCAUAUAUAUUCAUCUUUAAUCUCCGGAGCAUGUUCAAGAAUCAUAUGCUAAGGUGUCACCUAAACUUUUCAAAGUUAAAUUCAUUUCCUUGAAGCAAUUAUAAGUUGAAUGCAUGAAUGGUGAAACUCAGGCUACAGAGUCUUUGGAAAUACUUCUAUAUUAUAUUAUUAUAUACCUUUUGUGUGUCAUUCUUCCCUUUUAAUUUUGUGAGACCAAAUAUCUCUGUUGUGAUGUAAUCGUUUGGUCUUAAUUUUAUAAAAUCUAUUGACUUUCCUUAGGAUGUCAUCCUUUUGUUCCAACUCUAUGACACCCAAUAUACUCAUUGUGAUGCUAUACUUUAGUCAUGACUCGAUGUCAAUAUGGUUGAACAUCUGGAAAAAUAUUUGUCUAAUCAUGCCAAAGCCAGGGAAUAUUCAACCUUUGUUUACUCUUUCCUAUUGAUAUUAAAUGUUCAAAUGAUGCAAGGGAAAACUGAAUAAAUUAUUUUGGCAAAGUUCUGCAAGAGCAAGGCUACCUCAUGUAUAAGUUACAUCCACUUCACUCUUUCUUGUGAUGAAUAAGACUCGUAACAUGGUGCCAUCAUCUGACAAACUUCCUCUCAAUCCAAAGUAUAUAUACUUCAUAGUAGAUUUGAGUUUAGGGCUUCAAAAAUACUGCAUAUGGUUGAGUAACCCUAUGAUAGAGGUGCGCUGGAACUUUAUGGUAGUGGAGGCCUAUGGGGAGAAUAGGCUGUUGGGAUGACUAUAAGUGGAAAAGUGAUUGCUGUAGGUUUCAGAUUUGAAGAUCUGGGGUUUUCUUUUGCUGUUCGGUUUUGACUGAUAUGUUGUAACUAAGCCAAGGACAAUAAUGACUAGCAUCAGGGGCGUUUUUUGCUACUGGUUAUAUUCAAGAUCAGUAGUAUAUGCAAAACCAUUACACGUGCUGGCACCGGUUAGUGAUCUAAAUUUUGCUUAAUCUUUGUUUGUUAUUGGGUUGCUUGGUCCAGAAAAGAAGUUGGUUUGCUUGGUUGGCCAUGUCUACUGCUUGUCUAUUAGCUGUAUCUCACAUGCUUCUACUAUGACCAUCUCUUUGCUGGCGAGAUCAAAAUAUGCUCCAUGAAGAUGUGUUUUUUCUUUUCUAAUUUUUUGAACUUUGUAUCAGAAUUGUAUCAAUAAUAUCUCAUUGUUCUCUAUGUGCUUGAGUAAAAGAGACUUUUGUAAAUUGCAAAGUUUCUCAUGUAACACUGCAAAGGAUUGCGCCUGUGUGCUUCUGUGUUUGCAUUUUCCAUCUAUGUUGGUCAUUUUUGUCUUCAAUGUGGAUUUGUUUGAAGCUUUUCAGUGUUCUCUCGAUUAACGAAAUAGCCUAAUGCUAUCAAAACAGAACUACGAUUCUAAGAUGCUUCUGCUUUUCAACUUCAUAUUUGUGUGGGGUGUGUGGCAGCCUUGGAUGCAGAGCAUUACUUGCAAGAGCUCGAUGACAAUGACGGUAAAAGUGAUUGAUUGCAUUAUUGAAUUAGAAUGAAUUUUUGUUGCAAUAAGAACAUGGCCUCUUCAGGUUCCCUUUUUGAUGAAUGAUGAAUGCGACGACUCGUAU